AUAUCAAUCAAAUACCUAUCCAAGAUGUAAAUGUAAUUAUAGAGACUACUCUUAAUUUCUCAUCACAAUUCAAAAUUUUUAUAAAUUAUAAAAACCAAAGAAUUUUUAAUUUAAGUUAAAGUUAUAACAUAAACGUUUAAUCAUGCUUAAUAGAGUUGUGCAAUAUAAAACAUUACUUCGCCAAAUAGCUUAUGUGCCUGCGUAUAAACCACCAGAUCAAGAAGAUUUCCAUAAACUGCGUGAAUAUCUGCAAAGACAUGAUAGGCUUCUUAUUUUAACAGGCGCGGGAAUAUCUACAGAAUCAGGUAUUCCUGACUAUAGAUCCGAAGAAGUUGGCCUUUAUGCACGUUCAAAUCAUAAACCUAUUCAGUACCAAGAUUUUGUCAGGUAUCCAAAAGUAAGACAAAGAUAUUGGGCGAGGAAUUUUGUUGGUUGGCCAAGGUUCAGUUCAGUGCAACCAAAUGCCACACAUUAUUCCAUUAGAGAAUUGGAAAAGGCUGGCAAAGUAACAGCAGUUGUGACGCAAAAUGUAGAUAGACUGCAUCAUAAGGCUGGUUCAGAAAAUAUUAUAGAACUUCAUGGAACUGGUUAUAUUGUGAAAUGUAUGAAAUGCCCUUAUGAAAUAGAUCGAUUUAAACUACAAGAGAUAUUGCUUAUAAAUAAUCCUGGCAUGGAAAGCAGCUUUAACAUGAUUAGACCUGAUGGAGAUGUGGAUUUGUCUAAGGAACAGGUUGACAGAUUCCAAACACCAUUAUGUCCUAAGUGUGAAAGUCCACUUAAACCGGAUAUUGUAUUUUUUGGUGACAAUGUUCCCAAAGAAAGAGUGGAACAAGUGAGACAUCAAGUGUCUGUCAGUGAUGCUGUGUUUGUGUUAGGAUCAAGUCUUACUGUUUAUUCAAGCUACAGAAUAAUUUUGCAAGCAAAAGAGGAAAACAAGAAGAUAGCUGUAUUAAAUAUAGGACCAACGAGAGCAGAUGACAUUGUAGAUUUAAAGAUAUCAACAAAGUGUGGUGAAAUUUUAACAGAUUUGUGUAAUUCUAUAAACAAAACUAUUUGAUGUUAUAUAAUUUUAUCCAAUGAAAGUUUGUGAUACAUUACCUCAUAUUUGUAAGAUGGUUUUAUUAUACUGUUAAAUGAUGUUAAAUAAAAUGAAAACAAUCAUUAAAUAA